AUGGAGAUUACUAAAGAUAAUAUAGAAAAAAAAUUACGAGAUGAAUUCGAACCAGUUUAUUUGAACGUUGACGAUGUUUCAAGUGGUUGUGGUUUAAAAUUUGAUACAACAAUUGUAUCAAAAAAAUUCGAAGGUAAACAAUUACUUGCAAGACAACGAUUGGUAAAUGAUUUAUUAAAAGAUGAAAUGACAAAAAUUCAUGCAUUUACUCAAAAGACUUAUACACCUGAUGAAUGGGAAAAAAAACAACAAAAAACAAUAACAAAUCCCGAAUGUGAAACAAAAACAAUGAAUGCUUGUACUGGCGAUUGCAAAAAAUAA